AUGCUCUCUGAUAUGCUGAUGGACGCCUACCGUGAUGAGCGUCCGGGGACCAGCAUUGCCUACAGGACCGGCAGACAUCUCGACAGCCGGCGCAUGCAGACCCUAACGCGUCUCCCUACGACUUCAGUCCACGAUUUGCCUUCCUCUGGUGACUGCGCUCUCAACACCACGACCGAAGAGCACAUGCAAUGGAGCGUGGAGCCCUUUGCCGCCGGGUGUGCCAACUUCGGACUUAUCAUCAGUAUGAAGAAAACAGUGGUCAUGCACCAACCGCCACUCAAUGCAGCACCCAGUGUUCCUCACAUUCAUGUCAACAGCACCGAGCUGAAGACUGCGAACAUCUCCCCCUACUUAGGCAGCACAUUCGCUGCAUCAACAUCGACGAUUAAGUGGUUCACGGGAUCUUAA